UGAUCUAUCUCUCAGCAAACUCACCAAUCUUAGCACUAUCACCACCACACAUCACACCAUGGCACCCAAGCUCUUCGCCGUACUCUUUGCCCUCUACUGCGCGUGCGCAUCCGCGUUCAUCGCACCCUCGGCCGUCAAGUCCGGAUCCUUCGCUACCCCCGCCGUGCGUGCCACCUCCAUGGUGGCACCCAAGAUGACGAUGGGCCUCGAGCAGAUCGCGGACGUCCUCCCCCUGGUGCCGUCGGAGGCACACAACGCAGGGUUCGAGAUGGCGAACAACCCCCUGCUGCUUUCGGUUAGCGCGGACUCGUUCGGCGGAUUGAUCGGCCCCAUCGGCGGCUGCCUCGCCGUGGCGAUCUUCAUCGUCGUCAUGGCGCCCCCGCGGGUCGACUAAGGGUUGUUUUAAUUUGACACGUUUUCCGUUUUAGGUCGAAUAAAAAGAUUUUUGUUUCGGGAGGGAGGGGGGCAGGGGUUGGCGACUGAACUGGACUGCUGGGGCACCGGUUUUUCUGGGUCUCGGGAAUGUUUUGCUGCACGCGGGAAGAUUUAGAAUAGAAAUCCCCGUAACCCUCUGCCCGGUCGGGUUGGUGUUUCUCGUCUUCUCGAUGGGCCUGUUAAAGGCGGGGUUGCUCGUGAGACCAUACCCGCUCCGCCAUAACGAGAGUUUUCGGUUUUGGGCAUCUGCAGUAUGUCACGGUCGCUUAAGCUCUUGGAUUAAGAAUCGGCAAGUUCGAUAUCGAGGAUGUUUGACUGACGGGGCCUCCACCGCCGAGGAUGUUUUUCGAUUUUUGAACAUUUACCGCGUUCAUGGAAUGCGUCGCAUGUUCCGACGCGAUCUAUUUCUGUCACGGUCUCUCGUGCGGCGGCCAUAGAAAUGAUGGAUGUAAAGAUUAAAAGAUUUGAGAAUGUCCGUUGGACGCAUUCUACACUCACCCCCGGAGACCUCUGGACAGACGGCCAGCUUGUUGUUACCUCAAAGCACGAGUGUUGGGAUGAGGGUUUUCCUCCAUGCCCACACGACGUUGUUGUUGUGUCUUUUCGCUGAGGACAGCACUCUCGGCUCAUGUUCGUGGACGACCAUCAA